UGUUUUUAUUUUUUUACUUUAUUCGGGGUAUUCAUUUAUAGGGGUAUUCGUUUUAGCUAUGGAACUGCGAUUUAUUAAGGCUGUGAUUAUAGCCGCUCACUUCAGAUGCCCACGUAAAAAUGUUGAUGUUGCUUAACUGGAAGAAGUGGUUCGGAAUUCUUAGCUACAGUGUAAUUAUGACUAAGGAGACUACGAGUCAAAUCGUUCAGAAAAUAAACAUCCCUUGUUUUAAUGAAUGCGUCAUGCUUCGAAUGCUUCGAAAUGGACCGUCAUAUAUCGUUUGUCAGAAAAACAAACAAACGGUGCCAUCGAAACCUGCUGUUAAGGGCAUAUCAUGAGCGUCUAUUUAGGCAUCUAAUAUAUUUACAGAAGCUUCCUCCAAAAUUUGACCAGAGAGGGAAAAAAAACUUUUAAGAGAAUGUGUUUUGCUGUAGGCUACAAAGAGAGUAGCCUGCAUACUAUACUGCAUUCUCACAGUUCUGAUGGAAGCCUGACUAAAAAAGAAAAAAGAAUUUUAACUAUGAAUUGUGAAUGUGCUGAGAAAAAAGUCAAAGGAUGGCGAAUUUAAUUUGUCCUCUCCCCACUGAGAUUGAUCUUUAAAACAAACAUCAAUGAUCAAUGAUACGCUCCAUACCCACCUGCCCACACCCGGCAUCAGUUGGGCGUGAUCGAUGGUCGUGAUGACAAAAGUAAAUGCAGCUUUGUAGUAGGCGAUCUCCUUCAAGUACUUGACCAACCACUAUUCAAGUAAUAUUGUUCUUGCGUUCAGCAAUAUACUGUAUGUAGAGAGUAGUCUGUGCAUUUACUUAAUUGCAGUGGUGAUAAUAGUUACCAGUUAGUGUAUUGUUAGCCUUUAUGUUUCACCCGUUUCACCGCAUGAGUAUGAUGUAGCUAGCAGAAGCCAAUAGCACUAACAUACAAAAAUUGAUUUUUAACCCUUUGAAGGAACCCCCUUUUUUUUGGGGAUGAUUGUUUCUGUGUAGAAUUCUAAGUCAGUGUUCUAGAAUGCUAUUGUUUAUGCAGGCCAGCAUUCCAGAACCUGCUGUCAGGUUCCUACUCUUAUCAUUGAUGGAAUGUUGGGGAAAAUUGAAAACACACCACAGUCUAGUGAACAGACGCAGAACUGCAAUAAACUGUUUGACCAGAUUGUUGCCAUGAAGUCAUUGAAAAGCAUACAUAAUUUCACCAAGUUCUUCUUGGAAGUGAAGAAAAUAAUGAGCUGCCCCUGGACCAGUAACCUCACCCAGCAAAUUAUUCACAAGAUGGAUCUGCACACUGAGUGUAAUGCCAGUGGUACGCUGUUUGUAACACGGGAGAACACACAUUUGGGACAAACUUUAACCUAUGAGGUGCAAAGGAAAUCUACCAAGGUAGUGGACAAAAUGCUGUACAACAUGCUGCCUCGGGCUGCGCCCUGGGGGAUCUCACGUGUGCUUGGGCGCUGUGCGGUGGUGGGGAAUGGAGGGAUUCUGAAGAAUAGCAGCUGUGGGGAGAAGAUCAACUCCGCUGAUUUUGUCAUCAGACUGAACUUGCCCCCAAUGAACUACAGCUCUGACGUUGGUGUCAAGUCCAGCCUGGUCACCAUCAACCCUUCUCAGAUUACCCAAAGCUUCAUGGGCCUCUGUAAUGCACGAAAGCCUUUUGUUGACAAAGCAGCUGCACAUGGAAAUGCCUACCUGGCCAUGGCUCCUUUUUCCUAUGUAGUUGGCACUGAGCUUUCCUUUCGUGUCUUCCACACCAUGAAGGACAUGAGACCCCAACAAGAGGUAUUGUAUUUCCACCCAGACUACUUAUUCAGGCUAGCUCGCUACUGGCAGAAACAGGGACUAACAGGGUUGCGUCUCUCCUCUGGGUUUAUGCUGGUGAGUGUGGCCCUGGAACUUUGUGAGAAGGUGGACAUCUACGGUUUCUGGCCCUUUCCCACGGACCUGAUUCAGAAGCCAGUAACCCAUCACUACUAUGACAAUGUUGUAGCCAAACAAGGGGUGCACGCCAUGCCUGAGGAAUUCUUGACGCUGCUGCACAUGCACAGCCAGGGGGUUCUCCAGCUACACGUAGGGAAGUGUCAGUGAAGCCCUUAUCGAUAAGGGUCUUGGGGACUGCCAUUUUUCAGUGGUAAGUGUGUGUUACCAGACUCAAAUUUUCCAUUUGGUUUUGAGAAGUUCUGUAUUCAGCUCUGUUCUGUUCAUUCAGAUGUUUUGGUCACUUUAUGUACAUGUCGCUGUCGGGCCGGAAGUGGGUUCAUUUGCAUUAAUUUUGUUUUUGUUUUUACGGUGAAGUUAUCAAUCAAUCUGGUCACGCAAUACACAGUUUGAAUGUGUUAAAACUCAUGAUUCUAUAUGUAUACAAUAUUCUAUGAUGCCAGUGUUUUAGCAACAAUGGAUUUUGUAAUGUGUGGUGGCAAAACAAGUGUGGGGGGUCCUCACCUUUGCAUUUUGGAAAUCCAAUACAACAUAGAUCAUGAUACAAUCAGUAUACUUGUCAUGGUAGGAAUCCAGCUAACAAAAUCCAGUCAUUUUCAGUUCCAAAAACAUGCUAACUCGGAAAAACCUCAAUAGAAUGUCCAUUGUUUUCUUAGAAAUUAUCAUUGUUUGUCCAUUUUGCCAUUGCAUACAUGCCAAAAUAUUAUGUAUAUAGGAAUGUUAUCUCCAGUUUAGAUAUCUGUAUAGAUUCUCUGGAACAAAAAUGAGCACACCUAUAUAAGCUUCUGUGAUCUGCACUGGACAAGCAGUCCUUCAAUAUGGCCAAUGGGACCUGCAACGACGCAACAUGAAGAUGCAAUAUAAAAUUUUAACUUAAAUUAACUGAAGUUUUUAUAACUGGUCUUCUGGUAGUGGCAUUUUCAUCCCUAAAGUCAGAACAAAAACCCACUCUUAGGCAUCCUUUUAUUACACCUCUGGAACAGCCUUCCUGAAGACCUGAGGGCAGCAAAGAAUUUUGAUAAGUAAACUCAAGACCUACCUUUUAGUCUGGCUUUUAAUUGAGUUUUAUUCAUUUAUCUGUUUUUUUAAUUUUUUUAAAUUUAUUUAUUUAUGAUAGCGUUUCUUCAGUUCCUGUUUUAUUGAAUGCUGUUAUUAUUGAGUGUUUUAUU